UAAUAAAAUAAAAAACAAUAAUGCCCGAUUCAGACAUAAAGUAACAGUUUUUCUAUAUGAGCGUCGAGCGCCCCCUGUAGAAACACAUUUUCCUCUAUUUUAUCCCUCCGCCCCCAGUUCUGAUGGCAAGGCGUGUGACAAACAUUUGUGUAAAUUGUGUAAAUACAAAACGUCUAAUUUGUGAAAACUAAAAAAAAACCUUAUUCAUUUAAUCAUUUACCUUAAUUAAACCAUUUCCAGGAAAGUGGGGCUCUCAUUUCGGGAGACAGCUGUUGCCGUGAUUUACCAGAGACGCCCCUCUAAAACUUAAACAUCAUUGAUUUGCGUAGGUACACGAUAACACGACCACUGACAGGAAUACAUGAACUAUGGACAUGUCUGAUGAAGGGAAUAUGCCUCGUUUGAAAGAAUUUUUGCUAACUUUCUUCAUGCCAGAAAAAUGUUAUGACCAGUUUUUCCUUUACUUCAACUUUAUGCACGUUCCCUGUCUGAAGAUUGUCUUAAGUAAAACUAUGGGAAUAUUGAUUUUGAUGGGAAUUGUUAUUGCUCCACUCCCUCAGAUCUGGAAAGUUCUUUGGUCUGGAUGUUCUAAUGGACUGUGUUUGACCUCCAUUUUUCUGGAGCUAUUGGCCAUCUCUACUCAUGCAGCUCUCUGCUACACUCAAAAAUUUCCCAUUGGUGCCUGGGGGGAAAGUUUGUUUGCAUUGAUCCAGAUUGCUUUCCUGGCUUUGCUUGUGCAGCACUACCAAGGGAAAACCAUAAAAGGUGCAUGUUUUCUUGCUCUAUACUGUGGCUUUAUGUUCCUCUUGGCCUCACCUUUGACUCCCGUGUCAGUGGUUUGGACCCUGCAUGAGUGGAAUGUGCUGCUGGUUAUUGCUGGCAGGUUUUUCCAGGCAAGAAGUAACUUCAGAUGGGGACACACCGGACAGUUGUCUGCGUUCUCUGUUUUCCUGGUCUUUCUUGGCUCUCUGGGACGCAUCUUCAGUUCCCUGCAGGACACAGGCCUUUCUCUCUCAACUCAGUUGCAUGCGGUGGCCUGCUGUUGCAGUGUGGUGAUACUAGCACAGGUCCUGAUGUACUGGAGUAAAAGCAUGAUAAACAGCGAGAAAGACAAGGCUGAAUAAAAGAGAUAUCUUUCGACUCUCUUGGAUUUACACCUCAGAAUGUGCAUUUGCACUCCUGGAAAAGAGGUUGUCAAUCAUCUCAUGAAAUGUUUGUAAAUUCACUUUUCAGUCCUAAACUGUGGUUUCUUUUUUUCUAAACAUUACAAUUUAUUUUCAGAUGUCUUUUUCUGU